AUGGUGACGACACGCCGACAAUCGAAGUCGACCGAGCCUCCUGCUUUACCACCUGUCGCUCCGCCGAAACGCAAACGCAGCAACGAUGCCGCACCGAGCGCAGCGCAGCCGCCGAUCCAACCUUCGUCUAAGCGUCGAAAGAAGGUGAAAAGCACUGCCAAGGUCAAAACAGAUCCCGUGCCUACAGAGUCUGCACCGGCAACGAGAGCAGCGAAAAGAGCGGCGAAGAGACCUGGGAGACCACCCAAGUCGAUGAGAGAAGCAGAGCGUCAGGCGUGCAAGCAAGUACAAGUUCAGGAAGAGGAUGACACCGAACCCAAGACAAAUGGCAAUGGCGUCAUUGGCUCGCGACAGCCUCCACAGGUGGACCUGACUGACGACAUCGACUCGAGCGAAGACGAGGCGGCACGGCGACCCCAACCUGCAGCUUCGCAAGACACGGAAGACGAAGACGCCGACUCGCGAUACGCGUUAGGCCCAAGACGCAAGGGAAAGACAAAGAAACCCGCAGCACCGACUGCACGGCGGACAGCUGAGCUCAAAUUCGAAGAGGAUGGUUUGGAAGAGGUCGACAAGGCGGAGGCCGUGGUUGCCGAUGUAGGCAACAGAGCGCCCACUCAGGAUCAGAGGUGCGGGCCUCCACCUGGGACUCCGGUCAAUCAGGUCAAUCCUGGCAAGUCAGACAAGGAUCAAGGACAUCAAGUGAUUGGAAAAGAAAGGGACAAGGCACACCCGAAGAAGAUUGCACCUCCUGCAGGUGUAUCUUUCAGAUUCGUCAUGUUCACAGUCACUGAAGCUAUUGCAGCUCUGUCGUUGUACAAAGAGGGCACCAUUUCCGUGCCUGCACAAGUUGACCCUCAGUCGCACCAGCCAUACGAACCCCUUCAAAUUGGAGAGUACCUCUCCUACCCGGUCAAGGGGACUUACCACCUUGGCGCCCUCGGCCGCUACGGCAUCGACACCACACCACCACCUCCCUUCUCCUUGACUGUGCCAUUGUCAGAAGACUCAUCCAUCCAAACCGCACAAGACACAUCAGCCAAACCCUCACGCCACGGCGUCGGCUUCGAUACCGCCCUUCCCACCCGCCUGAAACCUUCCUCAAAAGCACGCAGAAACAACAACUACUGCUUCACCUCCGGCCGCUACCACGGCCGCCGCAUGGACAGCGUGCCCAUGGAGUAUCUUCGUACGCUCUUCAAUGGCCUCGAGUACCAGAACGGCCCCAAGCUGCAGCAGGCCUUUGCAGACUUGUACCCCAAGGGCCUGGACGAGUCGAAAGAAGAGCGGUAUAGAAUCCAGGAUGGGAAACUCUGGGGGAAGAGAUUGGAUGAGGCGCCGCCGAGCUAUUGUUGGGGGCUGCUGAGGAAGAAGCAGGAGAAUGAUGGUGCGGGGCUGGUGGGUGUGAUACGCAGGGGGAGAGGGAAGUUGGAAAGGGCGCUCGAGGUGUGA